ACGGCUGAAAGUUAGUGUGGUUUUGUAUUUAUAUAUUGGUUGUAGAACAUGCGAGAGAUAUAAUCCUAACAUUUGAUAACCUUAAGUAUCAUCCUUCUUCCUCUCUAAUGGAACCGAAAACGGUCACUACAGAAAGGAACGUGGCUAAUAUCGGAGUCUUCUGGAACAUGGAUGACAAUCCUAUCCCUGACGGUCUCGAUCCUACUACUGUUAAGGAGUUCAUCAACGGGGCUUUUGAAGAUAUGGGCUAUCUUGGUAGACUUAUUCAAGUUAGGGCGUAUUGCGAGGAUAGGUCUGAACUUGUUUCUUACUGUGAUGCUGCCGGAAUCCUUUUACAAAACCGAGUGUCCAAAGUUGGAUAUGCUGAAGUUGACCAUAUGUUGGUGGACAUUCUUACGUGGGGACUGUACAAUCAGGCACCCUCAAACUUGAUGAUAAUCACAAAAAACGUCUCAGAAGAAACGGAGCUAUUUGGUGUACUUGAAGAUUUGAAAUUGUUGAAUUACAAUAUUCUUGUUUCAUCUCUUGGGAAAGACGCAACAGUAGACUUAGUUUGUCUGUCCACACGCCUAUUUGGUGGAGGAAAUCCUGUCGACCAAAGCAUAAGCUCACAUGGUGUCUCCAAUAAGCUGGCACAUGUGGCGAACACAGGCGUCUUCUGGAACUUGGAUGACUGUGAAAUCCCUGAUGAUAUUGAUAUCUAUCAGAAUGUCAAAUCCGCUCUUGCAAAUCAAGGUUGCCAUGGCCAAAUGACAAUCUGGGCUUAUUGUGAGGAGGGCAAGGAGCCCGUCCCUGGUAUCACCCUUGUAUCCGCAGGGGAUGAAACUGCGAGAUUCAAGAAAAUGCUUAGGGACAUUCUUUUUUGGGCGUUGCAAAAUCCUGUCCCCUGUCCGAUGACAACAGUACCCAGCUUGAUGGUAAUCUCAAACAUGUCAAGGAACAUUAAAUUUGCCUAUGUUCUUCAACUAUUGGCUUCGAGAGGUUACAAUGUACUCCUUACUGUUCCUGAUGAAAAAGAAUAUAUAUGCUCCGUAUGGCUCUAUCCAUUCCUAAUACCAAGCCUAGAAAAUUUUCCCAUUUGUAAAAAAUCGGACAAGAGCUUGCAUGAUAUCCAAACAGGCAUCUUUUGGAACAUUACGGGCUGCACAUUCCCCAAUGAUAUUCAUCUCGAUGAACUGAAUGAGAAUAUCAAAUCAGCUAUUAAAAAUCAGGGUCAUAAUGGUGAAGUGUCAAUCAAAGCUUAUUGGGAGGGGAGUAGUGGCUUAUACCAUUGGCUCCACGGAACCAUCACCUUCAAAGAAAGAGUGUCGAAAGAUGAAGAUCCAUCUGUGACGCUUGGUAACAUGUUUGUGGACAUCCUUUCAUGGGCAUUGGACCAUCCUGCACCAUCAAAUUUGAUGGUGAUCUCCAAAGCCAUCUCACAAGAAACAGAGCUCUCAAGCCUUCUUCAAGAUUUGGAAUCAAAAGGGUACAAUAUUUUAGUUGCACAUGCUGAAGAAGCCGCAUCACCCGUGCUACCUCCUGCAUGCUUGGAAUGGCAUUUUAAUACCCUAAUAGCUGGAGGGAACCCUAUCACCCGUACCAACUACUCACGAGAUGUCCUCAGUAUAGUUCAGAAUGAUCUCUCUUUUCUGAGGAAGGACUGCCAUGAUACAAAGGGUAAUACCGGAAUCUUCUGGAGCAUCGAGGACUGCCCAAUACCUAGUGGUCUGGAUCCUCUAACGUUUUUUUUUGAUGUCAAGAAAGUUCUUUGGCGUAGAAACGUGUCAGUCAUGGCUUAUUGUGACCAGAAUAGGAGCCUUGAUGACUUCUCCCUCAAUGAUAACCUACACAUCACCUUGGUACACACAGCCGAUAAAUAUGCGAGGAUUAAGAAGAUGUUUAAGGACAUUUUUUUAUGGGCACUGGAAAAUCCUGAAUCAAACGUGUUGGUGAUCACAAAAAGCAUGCCAUUCCACAUUACAUAUGUUAUUGAUGAUGCUUUGAGUUCCAGAAAUUACAAUCUUGUCUUGGCUGAUCCUCAUGCGGUCGGAUAUGUGAACUCCGUCUGGAUUUCGACUAGCUUGUUUGGUGGAGGCAAUCCCAUCGACCCAAGCGGAAGAAAGAACCUUCCGAGUUCCCAAGAAGUGAUGGCUAAGUGGAAGAUUACAAGUUGAUGCAGGGUUGUUAUGCUUUUAUCAAUCUGACUAGUACUUUGUCUUUAUGCUAAAAGGAUUUGAGUUCGUGUCUGAACACGUUUGUCGUGUCCAUCUCUCUCUUCUGUUAAACUCUGUUUUGGAUUUAAAAAUAAUUUGCUUAGUGUUUCUAUCUAGUUUCCUUCAAUGGAGGCUUUAUGCUCUGUCCUUAUGCUUUUAUCAUUACUUUGCUUGUUAUGUUUGAUGACAAUGGGAAUAAAUGUUAAAGAGUAUCUUCUUACUUA